AUUGAGAUGAGAAAUAAUGUUUUUUUUAUCUUAAAUGUAGGUAUUAUUUAUAUAACAGUGCAUUAGCUACUAACAACAAAAACUGUUAACAUUCACCAAUAUUAUUUAGUUUUCGGUAAGACGGCUUUUAGCAGAAAAAUCAUUAAUCUACCACUCAGAAGAACCCACCCAGAAUCCUGCAAAACGAAUUUUAUCCUGAACGCACACAAAUAACGUAUAGUAAACGCUAUAGUAAACACUCACACAACCACAAAGUACAGCUGAUCUCUCUCACUUCGAAACGGGGAGCAAAAUAGCGCAGGGCGACGUUGCCGCUCCGUGCUCCCCGGUUGCCGCCCCGCACGCCACGCAAACUCGCAAGUAAAUAUUCAAAUUUCGAACUUGGAUGGCAUUGCGAAUUGAAUAACAUGUAGACUGGUAACUGGUAUAAAGAGCCCGUUUAUGGUACGAAUUAAAAAGUAACACGCUUUGUCGCUUUGAUUAGUAUCAAGAAGUUCUGACUAUUGAUAACGUUAAAAUCUUUUUUUGUAAAAACAAUAAUGAUUUAGCAUUUGUUGUUUUUGAAAUACAUAGUGUGCAGCUGCUAUUAAGUAAUUACGACUUUACGAAUAUUAAGAACAUUCCUACUAAAUAAAUAUAAUUAGGUAUUAAAUGCAAAUAUGUGUAAAUGUGAAAUGUGUAAUGACAACCUUACUGUGGUACAUAAUGCUUCCCCGUAACGGUUUAUGCUAAAAUGGUUAAAAACUGGUUUUAUUUUUGGACUUCGUUAAUUGGACUGUAAAGAGAAUUUGAAACAUCGCACGUGCAUGCGUUUUAACGACCUUUUUAAAUUCGGUUACAGUAUCUCUUGUACAGGUAAAAAAACAUUAUUUUUUAAGGACGAAGCAAGGUCUUUAACAUAUAUGAUAGGCCUCUAAUACACACAACAUUUAUUUCUAACAAUCAAUUUGUUUAUUUUAAUUACGUCAUGUUAAUCAUGUAUUAGGAUAUUAAUAACAAUAACACUGCAUAAUACUUGAAAGACACUCAUCAUCUCAAUUUAUUUCUGAAACUAUUAUAUCGUGAUAAAUUACGAUGGGCUCGGAAAGUUUGAAUUUGCGGAUUGAGUCCACCAACACGACCGCUCGGCUUGGAGAACAGGAGCGACUGAUGAAGAGCGCGAUCGGCCUGCUCGACGACCGACGCGACCCGAUGUGCCAUACCGAGGCAGGCGGCCCGCAACAGCGCACGUCGCGCGAUUAUUCCCGCGUAAACUAAGUUAUUAUGAAUUGAAAGAUCGUUUAAAGUAGUGAAAAUGGAACGACCAGGUUUCAAAGCAAUCGAAAAAAAGAUCAAAAUUCAAGUUUUGCUAGAAUAUAAACGUCGCCGAUGUCUUUGGGACAUAACACAUCCAGAAUACCAUAAUCAAGCAGUACGAAAUGAAGAGCUAGGCCAAAUUUUAAAGUUAUGGCACAAAAUAGAUCCAACGGCUACGAUUGAGUCUAUAAAAAUGAAGAUAUUAAACAUGCGAACAAAUUACAUUCGGCAAAGGAAAAAGGUUGAAAAUAGCAUAACAGCUGAUGGCGAAGAAGUAUUUAAACCAACACUCUGGUACUAUAAAUACUUGGAUUUUCUCACUUCUCACAGUGCUAUAAAACAUAAGCCAAAACCUAAGGAUGGUGAAUCCAAUACUGAUACGGAUUCUGAAGAUAUGAGCGAUGUGGACUCAUCAAUAAACAAAAUACACGAAGCUAUUGCUUCUGAGAAUGAAAACGAUUCUCGAAGUCAAGAUACUAUGGAUGAAUCUGCUGCAGCCUUCGGAAGGUCAGUUGGUUUGCAGCUAUGCAAGAUAACGGACAUGCAGAGAUGGAUAGCAGAGAAACUCAUAUCAGAUGUUCUCUUCCAAGCAAAAUUAUCACACCUAUCCACCACAUCAAAAGUUACGAUAAAUGAGAAUAAGUCUAUUGUUAAAACUGAACCUGAAUUAAAUACAAGUGAAGUGACUGAGCCUGAUCAUAUUAUGUUUUACGUAAAAGAAGAACCUGAAAGUGACCUGCAUUGUGAAAAUGUUCUUCAAGCUGAAGCUGAUCAAAAGGACGAAACCGAUUUGCUUGGUGAAAGUGUUCCAGUUUUCGAAGAUAUUAAGAUAGAAGAAAACGAAACAGAAAACGCCGUCAAAUUUCUACAAAUGUACUAGACGUCGUCGGUGGCAAUAAGUUAAGAGUAACACGUUUCUUUAUCUGCGGCCAGAAAGAAACUAUUAAGUACACCAGCAUUUCUACUUUUAAGGUAUUUUUGUUUUCGUCCUAUUAAGGUAAAAUACUAUGUAUUCUAUCGCAGUUGUAAGCAAUUUCUUUUUAAAUAAAAUGGUUCUUUUUUAUAA